AUGGCAGCUGGCAAAAGGAAAGUUUCCAGCAAACCGAGCCACGAGACCAAGAGCGUUCAGGCCAAGAAAUUGAAAUCGACUUUGACGGUGGAAGACGCGAAGGCGUAUUUCGAUGAACACAACAUCAAGGUCCAUAUUCCUGAGGGCAAGGACAUUGACAUCACCCCGCUAGCAGGCUUUCACUUCCAGGGCUUUGCGAAGCGCUUGAUCAGGUAUUGUCAGAACAAGUAUGAGAAUCCCACACCCAUCCAAGCAUGCACGUGGCCAUUAAUCAUGCAGAAAAGCGAUGUGUGUGGAAUCGCUAAGACGGGCAGCGGCAAGACGCUUGCUUUCGCUCUUCCCUACUUGUCCAUGUCGAGGCUUGGAGAGCUGGACGUCUUCGAGCAGCCCUGCGCUCUGCCACGCUUCGUGGCUAUGGCACCCACAAGGGAGCUCGCGAUGCAGAUUGCGGAGGUGUCUUUCUGGAUUUUGCUGCUGUGUCAGCCAAAUCUGGCCGAGACCAAGGUCUGCACUGAUCUUGUGAAGGCGCUCACAGCAGGCGAAGAGGGGCUGUACCCGGUGCAGUGCAUCUACGGUGGUGUUCCCAAAAGAGAUCAACGACAGGCGAUUUCCCAGACGGGCAUUGACAUGGCCAUUUGCACGCCUGGACGCUUGCAGGACCUGGUGGAAGAGGAGACGCUGGACUUGAGCUCCGUGCAGUAUCUCGUACUGGACGAGGCGGCCGGGCAGGGGGAGAUCUUGAAGCACAUCUCCGACACCAAGAAAGCUCCGGCCACGCUGCAACCGCUUGCGGCACGUGCUGUGCCGGCAGCUGCCUCUGAUGGCAUUCGCCGGAAACCGGAAUGGAAGCGUAUCACCACGAUUGGGCGAGAGCUCGAUCCCAGCGUUUGCCUCCUUGGAUCACGGUCUUUGCAUGCCCCCGGGAGAGAGAGCGAGCGCCGCGAGCGCCUCAAGGCCUGGAGUCCCGUUACUUGGGCACACACGGACUCCAGCUUUGGCUUUACAGGGUAUUUGCCUCAGAAGGAUUUCAAUGCGUGGGACAACGAACGAGUGAGCAAUCCCGAGCGCACCUGGCCGGCAGACGGAGCUGUUUGUGAGCUUUACGACACCAGGAGGAAGGGGAAGCCAAGCUGGAACCCCACCAACUGGGCUCACAAGGGACGUUGCUUCCCUUUGGAGGCACCGGACUUGCCCGGACGAGGCUUGAAGAUACGCCGCAAGAGGACACCAAGCUUCGGAAGUGCGCCAGCAGAGUCGACGGUAUCCCAGUCGCAGGGUUCCCUGAGGGCCAGUGCGGGCUCGUUCUCGCCUCGCGAGAGUCAGAGCCAGAGCCAGAGUUGGGAGCGUUGGGAGCGUUGGGACCGGGAGAGCCAGAGCAGCGUCGCUGCGAGAAGCCCUGGGGCCAGCCCUGGGGCCAGCCCUGGCGCCGAGCACGCGGAGCUUCGCAACGCGAGGCGACGGAAGUCGGAACUGGGCCUGGUCCGCCCUGGCGGCGAUGGCGUCGUUUGGAGCACCUUCGGAGAAGUUCUGGAGGGGCCCUGA